AAUUUUAUAUAAUCUAACAAUCUAUUGCAAUUUGCAAAUGUUUUCAUAAUGAUAUAUAUGCACUUUCUCAUGUUUACACAUAUUUUGUGAUAUAGACACAUACCCUUAUAAGGCCAAAAGGUAUGGCAUCGCCGAAAGAGAUGUCAUCGAUAAAAACGGUUAUCUCGAUCCCUGUCGCCAUCUUAGCCAUAUAUUUUCUCACAAACUGGUUAUAUCCCUCUGUGAAUCCAUUAGUCUACUACCACCAAUGCUCUCCACCAAAGCACUUCACCGGAGCAGCUUCCAAGCCAAAAGUCAACUCGCUACUCAGCAUGUUCGUCAACUCAGCUUCUAUCUACACAUACAACAAUCUCACUGUCAACGGAAACUACGGACUGCACCAGUGCCGGGGUGAUCUAUCCUCCGAUGAGUGCGUAAGUUGUGUCGCCCAAGCUGUUCGCCUGCUCCAAAGUAACAGCGAAGGCGAGACCGGCUGCGCAUUGCAGCUCGAAGGCUGUUUAGUGAAGUACGACAACGUUGUGUUCUUUGGCGUGGCCGAUAAGACGGCCAUGGUUAUGAGUUGCGGGACACCGACUGGGUAUAAGUAUAAGUCGGAAGAGUUGACUCAGGCUAAUGCGUUGGUUGAUAAAGUGCUUGCAAAUAGUGGUACGUCAUACAGAGUGGAGAGGUCAGGGGAAGCGCAAGCUGUAGCGCAGUGCACCGGUGAUCUUAGUGCAACCGAUUGUCAAGACUGUUUGAUGGAAGCGAUCCAACGGCUGAAACUUCAACCAUUUUGCGGAACAAGCACUUGGGGUGACGUCUACUUAGCCAAGUGCUACGUUGGUUACUCGUCGCAUGGAGCCAUCGGUGAAGAGUUCAAGAAAGGUAUUCGGGCUAAGCACGUGGCGACCCAAAGGAAUUUGGUAUAUAUGAGGACAGCAGGUUUAUUUGAUCUAAUUAAAUCAUUAUGGUCAUACUUUUUUUAUGUUUUUGUUUUGGGUAUAUUAUUUUGUGUGUGUCUUUUUUUAUUCGGAUGAAUAUAAACGAGGAAGA